CUGCCGUGGGGAGGGAUGGAGAGGGGAGGGGGGAGCGGAGCCGAGCGGAGACAGCCGCGGCGCUGCAGAGCGGCUGGGGCGGCGGCGCGGCUCCCGGUGCUCCCCCCGGCGCGCUCCCCGAGUCGGUGAGGGCCCCGGAGGCCCCCGGAGCCAUGGGCUGCAUCGGCUCGAGGACCGUGGGAAACGAGGUGAUUGCAGUGGACUGGAAAGGCCUCAAGGAUGUUGACCAGAUCAACAUGGACAGUACUAGCUCACUACACGGUAGCAGCCUCCAUCGGCCUUCUACUGAGCAAACGCGAACAGAUUUCUCCUGGGAUGGCAUCAAUCUCUCCAUGGAGGAUACCACUUCCAUCCUUCCGAAGCUCAAGAGAAACUCUAAUGCCUAUGGCAUUGGGGCCCUGGCCAAGUCGUCCUUCUCAGGGAUCUCCAGGAGCAUGAAGGACCACGUGACAAAACCUACAGCCAUGGGGCAAGGCCGGGUGGCCCACAUGAUUGAAUGGCAGGGCUGGGGGAAGGCCCCGGCCGUUCAGCCUCAGCAUAGCCACGAGGCUGUGCGCAGGGACACAGAUGCUUACUCUGACCUCAGCGAUGGCGAGAAGGAGGCACGCUUCCUGGCAGGUGUCAUGGAGCAGUUUGCUAUUUCCGAGGCAACACUUAUGGCCUGGUCUUCCAUGGAUGGUGAAGACAUGAGUGUCAACUCUACCCAGGAGCCACUGGGAUGCAACUACAGUGAUAACUACCAGGAGCUGAUGGAAAGUCAGGAUGCCCUAGCUCAAGCCCCUAUGGAUGGCUGGCCUCACUCUUACGUGUCACAGGGCAUGUACUGUCUGGGGUCUUCAGAUGCCUGGGAAGCAAGUGACCAGUCCCUCAUCGCAUCUCCAGCCACAGGAUCCUAUCUUGGCCCUGCAUUUGAUGACUCACAGCCCAGCCUGCAUGACAUGGGGCCUCCCCAACCUGCUUCUGGAUAUUCUGCUCAGGAGCCUCCACCUUUGCUGGGGGUGGACACUGACUGGGCACCAGGGGUUGGUGGGGUAGACCUAGCCAGGGGCCCUGUAGAGGAAGAGAAGAGACCACUGGCCCUUGAGGAGGAAGAGGAUGCAGGAUGCCGGGACCUGGAGUCACUUUCACCACGAGAAGACCCUGAGAUGUCCACUGCUCUCAGCCGGAAAGUGUCUGAUGUCACAUCCUCGGGUGUGCAGUCCUUUGAUGAGGAGGAGGGGGAUGCCAACAACUAGCUCCCUCCUACCCCACUCUGACCUGAGGCACAUGGCUGCAAAGCCAUACCCUCCUGUGCUUCAGCAGCACAGCUGUAACCCGGGCAGAAGACAGCAGGGAACCCGGAGCUCCAGCCUCACGCCUGCCCGCUCCCUCGCCCUGGAAAGUGGAGGACCAGCAGGGGGUUUUAUCUAGGCUUACACUUCAGAAACCACAUUCUAGGAACUGAGACCCAGGCAAUUAGGUGGCUGUGAAUCUGGCGUGGUGGUGGGAGAUGAACCAUGGCUGUGGCUCUUGGCCCAUGCCCAGGCAUGUCGUGCUGAACAGUGGAUCUCAGUUCUUACACCCCUAUUUCGUCUUCCAGGAGCCUUGGCUGUACUGUCUGAAUGCCUCCUUUCUCCAUUUCACUCUUGCUUUCCCGACUCUGUUUUCUCUGGCUAUGGCCCCAGUGCAUCCCCACUGUGAGGAACAGACCUUAGGGGCUGGUGGACAUGGCUUAGUGGGCACAGAGGAGUGGUCUGAAGGGCCUUUCUGCAUCCAGGGUAGACAGUCUGCCCUCUGUGGGUAAUUUGGCUUCUGGGAUCAGAAGCCAAGGAGGAGGUAGCUAUGGCAGCUGGGAUUUACAGGGGUCACAGCAUGUUUCUUUACCCCAAGGUCUACCCAGAGACAAGAGGGUCACUGAUGAGACAAAGAAUAAACACAGCCACUUGAAUGUCCUGUGGCUGUAAGGAAGACCCCCAAGGAUCUGGGAAAAGACCAAAUGGGGCUUAGCUUCUCCAGUCUUGGCUUCCCUUUCUGCCUUCUCCAUCUGGAGCCCAGCCCUGUGGAAGGUGGGGGACACCAGUCUCAGACUGUCCACAUGGGAUGCAGUGUCCCCAUCAGUGGGGGGAAUGAGGGCUGGGCCUCCCUCUGCCCUCCCUUAAUUCUCUGGAGCUGUUUACACUUUUCUCUUUGCCUUUUCUACAUUUUUAUAACUUCUUGGGGACUCAGGGUUGAGCAGGGUGGAGUGAGGAGUCUGGUGCUGUUGCUGCCUUGGCCGGGCUGGGCUGGUAGCUGAGGGCUAGGGUGGGUACCUCUUCCCAGGGGUCCUCCUUCUGUUGUUCCUUGCAGGACAGGUUGCAGUGAGACACAAGCUUGCCUGCCCACACCUACUUUCCACUCUGAUUUGGAGUGCACCAUGGGGACCAGGGGCAGCAGCAAGUGCUGUCAGGCUGCUGCAACAGCAGCAGCCUCUGCCUGGCCCCUGGCAUAGGUCGGGUUUUGGUAGCAGAUGCCCGAGGUUUGUUGCCCUGUUUUCCUCUUUCCUCCCAUCUGUGUAAGGCUCCAGUUCCAAGGCCUUGUGUUCUAUACUGUCAGGGUCCCAGCUGACUCCCUCACCCUCAGGCCCCAUGUCUGUGACUUUGGACUGAUGAGGCUGAGAGCUGGGAUGUUUCCACAUCAUGUACCACAUUCAUAUUCUCACACACUUGUUCUGAAGGGGUAACCAGAGUAGGUAUCCCACAUCCUCCAGGGGAAGGGGAAGCAUGGGAUCUUGAGAUUGGUUAAUGGAGGAAACGUGGGAGUAAACCUGGCCAGGCAAGGCAGGUGAACAGGUCACUUAAUCUCAACAAAUGCCUGAAUGGAGAAGAUACUUUGUGUUUGCUAAUGUGUUGUGAUUUGGCAUACUGGGAAAGGCUAGCCUGCCAACCCCAGCAGCUGCCCCUGGCCACCAGUCUCCUGUCCCAGACCUCCAGGAAACUGCAUGCUCAAGCUAACCUCCUAGGGGUCUGUGUCUUUGCCCUGUCCAUCCUGCUCUAUCAACACACCCUCUGUUUGUCUCAACUCCUGUAUUCUUCCCCCAGGUAACGACGGACAUCCAGUCCAGUGAGUGGCUUCCUUUAGUAUGGUUCCUUUUUGCUCGGGCCCUGGGGAGUAAGGAAGGAUAAACUAAAGCAGCUCUCCUUCCUUUUCCAAGGAAGCCAAAUGGUCUCCAGUGAAAGCUUAGCAGGAAUCUAGCAGGGUUUUCACCUGAGCAGGGGUUUGGCUUCCCUAGGCUGCUGGCAUAUUGCCACAGAGGCAGGUGGGGCCCACCCAGCUCUGAAGAGAGAAGACCCAAGAAGCUGGCCCAGGACCACUUUGAACUUGUCUGGAGGGAGGGACCACCUCUCUGGUGCUGGGGAAGGGUGCAUGGGGGUUUGCUUCUCUAGCCUAUUUUAAGGGGAGGGGUGGGGCAUGUGCAGGAAGAGGCUGUUGGGGGGCGGGAAGGGUUGCUUUUCCUUUGGGGUUAAAGGCUGUGCAGCACGCAUUACAGCAGCUCUGGAGCAGGGCUGCUUUUUAUAUUGUGAAUGAAACUGCUCUUGCUAAAUGAUUUUUUUAGGGGGGGUGCACUUUCAUUUUCAACUGACUUUAUUAAAUGAAAAUCCAAACCUUC